AAUGGGUAUUUAUGUUUUGUUUUUAAUAUUUAUAUUAGUUAGAAGCAUAAGUAUAAUCAGUUGAAUAGAAUAGAAUAUUUAUUCAUUAUAAUGGAUGGGGAAAUAGAUGGGAUGAAUGGAUAGAUAUCUAAUCUCCUCGGAUAGCUAUUUUUCGUACAUAUACUGUAGGUAGUAUUAAUCAAGAAUUCUUAUCUCCAAAUCCUGUUAGUGAUCCUGAUUGUGAAGUAGAGAAAUAAGAAAUUGAUAUGCAUAAAUUUAUUUUUGAUGUAGGACAUAUGAUGAAUUAAGUUACUUAAUAAUUAAUUGAAUUUGGAAGGUAUACAAAUAAUAAAAGAAUAGCUGAAAAAUAGUUAUAAUUAUAAUAAUAAUACUAAUAAAUGUUCAAUAAUAAAAAUAAGGAAGUAAAUAUUGAUGAGAAUAAUCUCGAAAUAAAAAGAAAAGAAAAAGAAUUAAAUGAAUAUGAAAUUAAAUCUAGUUUGAUUGGUUCAUAAUUAGCACCUAUUUUUGAUAGAAUGGGUAGAAUGAUGACAGAUUUAGCUCCUCAUUUAGCUUUAAUGGGAUCUAAAACAUAAAGAAUGAACAAUAAUAAUAAUUAAUAAUAAUUACUUUUUUAGGUUCCGGUGACUUUAACACCUAAUGAAAUUUAUUAAUCAUAAUAAAAUGCCCCAACAUUGCAUAGUCGUUUAGAAAUUAUUAGUAAUAGACUAGCUAUACUGAGAAUGACUGAAUAUAUUCAAUAAGAAGAAAGUGAUGACGAUCAUCGUAAUAAUAUGUGAUUUUAUACAUUAUUAGUAUAAUUAUUACAUAUAAUAUAUUAAUUUAAUCUAAAGAGCAAAAUUAAACAAAAUUCAAAAACCUAAAAUAAUAAAAAAUCCUUAAUAAAAUCUUAAUAUAGGUAAGUAUAAUGAAGCACUUCCUAGAUAAUAAAUUUUUAUUUAGUGAAUAUCGUAUUAAUUAUACUCUACAACUUGUAUUGAGUAAUAAUUAAAUUAUGAUCCAAUUUAGAAAGUAUUUUUCAUUUAUAUAAUCAAACUUGUAAAAUAUGUUCACAUCAAUUACUAUUAUUUUUUGAGUCUCUUAUUUAUUCUCAAAUUAAAUAGAUUGCCCAUUCAUAUCUUUUAUGAAACAAUAAGAAAAUCCUUAUUCUGAAAUAAAAUUAUGGCCAUUACAAUAUUGUUUAUUAUGUGCCAUUGUUUUAUUUACUAAUUCUAUUAUUUAAGUUGUGGUUCUUUUAAAAUUAGAUUAAGGAGGAAUAUUUUUGGUGAGAAUUACACAAGUAGUAUAAUGUGCAUUCUAUUUUAAACAGUAAAUUAAAGAUAUUUAUACUAUUUUGAUUAUUCUACUUUGCUUUUUAAGCUAUAUAUCAAGUCUAUAUUAUAUUUUUACAUUAAUCUUCAUUCGGUUUUUCAUUUAAUUAUAUUCAGCAGAUAAAAUCUAUUGA